AUGGCGGCGGCUUCUGCUGAGCUUCACUUAGAAGAUUUGAAAUCAAACUUGCAGAAAACCCCUGACAGUGAUUCUGACAGCGGACAGGGCAGCUGUGAAACAGGCUCUCCAGGUCACUCCAACAAGGGAGUAGCAUCUCUUGAUGAUAGAGAUUCAGAGGAAGAGAUUUUUGUAAGUAAAAAAGGAAAAAGCAAAAGGUUAUUUCAGGACAGUGAAAGUGAAGAUGAAGAAGACAACAGUGGCUCUUCUAAAAAGAAUGAUACUCCAGGUGGAGUCAUGGAAAAUGGAGAGGAAAAGGAGAACAUUACCACCCAGAGGAGCAAAAAAUCUCAUCGGGUUUGCCAAAGUCUGCUGGACAGUGAUGACAGUGACACUGGUGACCGACAGCAAAUUGAAAACUUUGAAAUGAGCAAAAAGUCUGGCUUAUCUGAGAAUGAGUUUGGAGAGGAGAGACCCCUAAAAUCUGGGAAAAAAUACAAAAAGCAUAAACGUGAUUUUGAAGAAGAGACAGCAAAAAAAUCUGUAGGAAAAUCGAGGAGGAGAAAGGAGAAAGAAAGAAGAACUGACUCUAUUAAACAGUUAAAAAAAGAAAAGAAGCCUAGAGCAGAGCAGGUAGAUGGUGGUGAGAGGUAUCCUUUUAAUGACAGCGGAUGUCUUCUUGAUGACAAAGAACUUUUCGAUAAUGGUUUAGAAGAGGAAGAGGAAAAUGAUUCCCUCCCAGAAGAUGAGGAGUCACUAGAAGCUAUACGAGCAGCAGUGAAAGACAAAAUUAAAAAAAAGAAGAACAAAGACCUAUUUUCUGAGAAUGAAGGCUACAAACAUGUGUUUGAUGAUGAGAAUGAGGAACCCAUAUUUACAGAACCAAAAAGAAAGGAGCGGAAAGCAGCAAGGUUAAGUAAAGAAGCCAUUAAGCAACUGCACAGUGAAACCCAACGACUCAUUCGAGAGUCAUCUCUGUCUCUCCCGUAUCAUGUGCCUGAGACUAAAAGCAUUCAUGAAUUCUUCAAGCGUAGACCUCGACCAGUGUGCCAAGGAAGUGCCAUGUUAUUCCUGAAGUCAAUGAAGUAUCAGGUCUCUCUAGAUGAAGAAACUGCAGGUACAAAGAAUUUAAGCAUGGAUUGCAAGGAUGGGCGGAUAGAAGGUGAUCAGUCAGCAGCUAGUGAACCAGAAACAAGCCUUAGCAGAGCUGUUAAUGCUACUGUGAACAACCUUCUUGCUGAUGAAGGAGAGAACUUAACAGAAGACUGUGCUGAAAAGCCCAGACAGGAUGAUGCUGAUAUUUACACAAUUAGGACUGUAACAGCUGCUAAUAAUUCAGAAGAACAACAACAUUCUAACUUUCUAAGCACUGACUGUAGUGAACAAACGGAGAAUGAAAUUCCUCUGGCAGCUGGAGAAAAUGCCCUUGAGCAAAGAGUCAAAACAGGACCAGAAGCAGCAUGUGAAGAACACAGUCAACAAGUGGCACCUAGACUGGUGGCUCAGCCUGAAAAAGUAAGGAAAUCCAAGUUGGAUAAACUUCGGGAACUGGGGAUAGACCUGUCCAUCAAGCCAAGGAUCUGCACUGACAAUGAAUCCUUUAUAAACCUUGAUGAAUCUGAUUCAAGUAAAGAAUUAGAAGCCUUGAAAGCACGUUUCUUGAAGCACACUCUUCAAACUUCAAAAUCUAAAGUUGAACGGACCAUAAACAUGAACAUUAUUCGUAAAGAGACUACAUCUGAAGGAAAAGAGGAACUGAAAGCAGAUGUGGUGUCAGCAAUAUUAGUUACGGAAAACCUAGAUGAAACAAUCCACACAAAGCCAGGUGAAAAGCUACAAGCAUUGAAGGCUAAACUCCAGGAGGCCAUGAAACUCCGCAGAACUGAGGAACGCCAAAAGCGGCAAGCCCUGUUUAAACUAGAUAAUGAAGACAUGUUGGAGGAAGAGGAGGAGGAGGAGGAGGAAGAGAUGACAGAUGAGUCUGAGGAAGAGGAAGAAGGCAAUCAUGAGACUGUGGAAUUUCUCCUUCGGGAGGCAGAGGAAGAUGAUGAAGAUUUAGAAGAGAAACACAUUGAAGAUGGUGAUAAAGAAACUGAUAAGGAAUCAAUUGAUGGAGAAAAGGUGGAUAAAACUGUGCACUGUGAUCCUGUUCCCAAACCACCUUCAACAGAGUCUACAUUGAUGCUGUUUAAAGACAGCUCCUCCAAAAUGGGAUAUUCUCUUCCUGAUGAGAAACUUGAAAUAGAAGAAUCUGCAGACAAAGGAGCUUCCAAGUUAGAAGAUGAUGAUUCAUUUUCUCUGCCAACACCGGCAAAAGAUAAUAGCCAUAACAGCAGCUUUGAGCUAAUUGGCUCCAUGAUUCCAUCAUAUCAGCCCUGCAACAAGCAGAUGUCACGUGGAGGGAACUUUUUAUCUGCAGCAGGAGGUUUCAGGUCACCCUCCCCAGGUUUUUUCAAAACAAGCUUUAUCAGUUCUGCUUCCAAGAGCUCAGGAAAGAUGUCUGAGCCCUCUCUUCCCAUAGAAGAUUCCCAGGAUCUGUAUAAUGCCUCUCCUGAGCCUAAGAGUUUAUUUCCAGGGCCUGGAGAGUCACAGUUUCAAUUUUCUCUGGAAGAUGACACUCAGAGCCAGCUGCUUGAUGCAGAUGGAUUUUUGAAUGUUGGACAGCAUAGGAAUAAAUAUCAGUCCUCAAAGCAUCGGCUGACUCUGGCUAGUAUGGAUGAAAAUGCAAUGGAUGCCAACAUGGAUGAAUUACUGGACUUGUGUUCUGGACAGUUUAGCAGUCAAACUGAAGACGUGCCAAAUACCAACAGCAGCACAAAGCAGAACAUGGAAGAAUUGCUCAAUCUUUGUUCAGGAAAAUUUGUAUCUCAGACAGGUUCUCCAACAUGGGCCUCUUCAGCAUCUUCUAAGGCUGAAAAAGACAGUGACAUAGAAGAUCCAAUGGCAGAAGCUCUAGCGCUUUGUUCAGGCUCCUUCCCAACAGACAGGGAAGAAGAAGAUGAGGAAGAGCAAGAAGAACUUGGUGAUUUUCAACUUAUAACAGAUGACAAUGCCUUUGAUAGUGAAGAGGAUGAAAAAAGUGAUGAUGAUGAUGCUGAAGAAGCAGAAAUUAGUGAUGAAGAGGAGCUGUUGAGACAUAGACUGGGCUUGAAGAAAAAACUAAAACUACAGGAUUUCAUGGAAGAUGAGGCAGAGCUGUCAGGGAGUGAUGUGGGAAGUGAGGAUGAAUAUGAUGGCGAAGACCUGGAUGAAUAUGAAGAAGAGAUUAUUGAUGAGGAACUCCCUACUGAUGUGGAAUUAGAAAAUCAAAUCCAGAAACUACACAUGAAGGCAAUGCUUGAUGAUGACAAGCGUCAGUUACGCUUAUACCAAGAGAGGUAUCUCAUUGAUGGGGACCUGCACAGUGAUGGCCCUGGCAGAAUGAGAAGAUUCAGAUGGAAGAACAUAGAUGAUUCUUCACAGAUUGACUUGUUUCAGAGAGAGUCAGAUGAUGAUGAUGAAAAUGAAGAGCUUGAUGAGACAGAGGCAAAGUGGAGAAAAGAGCGAUUUGAGCGAGAACGGUGGCUUCGCGAGCAGAAGGAAAAAAACAAAGAGGAGGAGGAAGAGGAGGAGGAAGUCGGUGAAGAUAGCCAAUUUAUGAAACUAGCAAAAAAAGUAACUGCUAAGUCCCUACAGAAGAAAGCAAGCCCUGUAGUAGUGGCUCAAGAAACACAACUGUUGCCCAGGAACCCAUUUGAAGCGUUCAGACCUGCCACUGAUGUCCAGCUAAAAAAUGGAUCUCUCUUGAAUAGACCUAAAGCUGUACUUCAGAAGCUAGCAGCAAUGUCAGAACUUAAUCCAAAUGCUCCUCGAAAUUCAAGGAAUUUUGUCUUUCACACACUUUCUCCAGACAAGAGCGAAGAUGCAAAGGAGAAAUCAAAACUUCAGGUGAAGAAAAGAGGUCCUACUGCAGUAAUAACAUCCCUGGCCAAGCGGCCCAGGAUUGACAGCACAGCACAAACGAGUCAAAGUCGAAGCAUAUUCCAGUACUUGGAGAGCUGA